AUGGAAGAUGUAUUAGCCGAAAUAGUAGCAAAUACUCUUUUGAAUGGCUGGCUAUCACAUUUUGGAGUUCCAAAUUUUAUUACUAGUGACCAAGGAAGGCAAUUCGAGUCACAACUUUUUAAAGAGUUAACUCGAUGCCUUGGUUCACAUCAUGUCCACACUACAGCUUUCCAUCCUGCAGCUAAUGGUAUGGUGGAAAGAUUACACAGACAGUUAAAAUCAGCCAUCCGAUGUCACGAAACAGAAAAUUGGGUUGAAAUACUUCCAUUGGUUUUGCCAGGCAUACGUUCCACAUAUAAAGACGAUAUUCAAGCAACUCCAGCAGAAAUGGUAUAUGGUUCUAGUUUGAAAUUACAAAGAGAAUUUUUUACGUCUGAUAGAGAGCAAACCGUAAGUUCCGACUUUGUUACCCAAUUGAAACGAAACAUGCAGAAUAUCCGACCACGACCAGCAUCACGACACGGUUCAUCUAAUACAUUCAUUCAUAAAGACCUGAAAACAGCUUCACAUGUAUUUUUAAGACAGGAUGCAACAAAACGAUCAUUACAACCGUUGUAUGACGGACCGUACAAAGUUAUUAGACGAAAAAGUAAUAUAGCGGUGUCAGAUCUGGUGAAUGUGGUGGCCACAGAAAUUCUUCACCACAUAGAUCCAUCGAUUGAGGAAUUGUCUGUUCAGUACUUGCCUUACUACAUGUCUAUAAUAUGCGGGGCAAACAUCAUAAUGGUACCAGAUAUCUCUGCAGAUAUUUGA